CGGAAGAGCAACUGGUUGGAGUUGGAUGGAUAAGGAAGAGAACAUCGCCUCAGUAGUUUAGUUCUCUUUACCGAAAGUCUCCGGUUGUUUCGAUACUGUCAAAAUGCCGCUAUUCGCGCAAAAUCCGUUUGAGCAAGAUGUGGAAAAGGCAACGCAUGAAAACAACACAGCAGAUGACUGGGCUGUCAUCAUGGACAUAUGCGAUAAGGUUGGAACGACACCCAAUGGCGCAAAAGACUGCCUCAGAUCAAUUAUGAAAAGAGUCAACCACAAGGUGCCUCAUGUUGCCAUGCAGGCCCUCACGUUGCUGGGGGCCUGCGUGGCGAAUAGUGGAAAAAUAUUCCACUUGGAAAUCUGCUCAAGAGAAUUCACCAGCGAAGCACGGACUGUGCUGAGUAGGGCCAACCCAAAGGUGUGCGAGAAGCUCAAGGCUCUGAUGGCAGAUUGGGCUGAGGCCUUCCAGAAGGACCCCCAGCUCAGCCUUAUGAGCGCCACCAUAAAGACCAUGAAGGAGGAGGGUGUGAGCUUCCCUGCUGCAGGCUCCCAGGGGUCCGGUGCAAAGGUCAGCACACCUGCAGUGAGCAAACCGUGUGAUGACGACGACCUGGCUAAAGCGAUCGAGCUCUCGCUGCAGGAGCAGAAGACUGACGCCCGGCCCCUGGCGGCCGACUCCGCCCUCCCCGGCGCCACCAACGGCGCCGCCCCGCGGGAGGCCCGGAAGGUGCGGGCGCUGUACGACUUCGAGGCGGCCGAGGACAACGAGCUGACCUUCAUCACCGGCGAGCUCAUCCUGGUGCUGGACGACAGCGACCCAAACUGGUGGAAGGGAGAGAACCACAGAGGAAUGGGACUCUUUCCCUCCAACUUUGUCACCAACAACCUGAAUGCAGAGCCGGAGCCCGUGGCAUAUGUGGAGAAGGCAGCCACCCCCGAGGAGACCAGCCUUGAAGCCCGAGUGGAGCCAGAGCUGGUCUUCAUCGACGAGGGAAAGAUGGACCAGACGCUGUCCCUGCUGCAGAACACAGACCCAGCCGAUGGCUCCCCUGAUGGCAAUGAGCUGGUCCAACUUGAGGGUGCGUGCGAGCAGAUGAACCCCAUGAUUGACGAUCAACUAGAAGAGAUUGACAGGAAACACUCGGAGCUGUCGGAGCUGAACGUGAAGGUGCUGGAGGCUCUGGAGCUGUACAACACACUGAUGAACGAGGCCCCCUUCUACUCCACCUACAGCAAGAUGCAGUCCCAGGCCGGCUACCCCGCCCCCGGCCCCGCCAUGGCCAUGCAGGGUUACCCGGGCCAGCCAGGUGUCACCUACAUGGCUCCAGGGGUUCCUCAGGGCCCGCCGCCCCCCCAGACCUACAGCCUGCCCAGCGACCAGCCCGGACCCCUUCACUCCAUGCCCCCCAACACGCAACAUGGGCAGCCCCCGUACAUGAGCAGCGCUGGGAACGCUCCCUACAUGAACCACACCCCCGGAGCGCCCUACAUGGCCCAGAUGGGCGGGGCCAUGGACAUGUCGGCCUAUCAGAACGCCAACGCCAACAUGCCCCCGGGCUCCUACCCAAUGACGGCGCCCUCCCACCAGGCCCAGCAGCAGCAGCAGCAGCAGGCGGCGUUCUAUCAGCAGCCCCUACUGUAAAGCCAAACCUGCCUUCAGAGAUCAUCUGACCCAAAUAUAUAUAUAUAUGUGUAUAUCAAACGUUUCAAUCACUCGGAGUGAGUUUUUUUUUUUUAAUUUGGACUGUGUCUCGUAAAGAGUAAAACCAGUUAUUUUAAAAUUAGUUUUCUGUUUUUCUUCGAGUCUCUGGAUGACACCGGACACUGUGCAGGUCUGAGCUGCACCCUUCUCCGAACUUUGCUUCGUCACUUCACUAAUCCUUCCUGCUGAUGGUGGUGGUGGCGAUGAUGAUGAUGAUGAUGAUGAUGAUGAUGAUGAUGAUUGCGGCAUGCGGUUACCCGGCACUACAAUGUUUCUAGAAUCUUCUGUGGGAACUCGACUCGUCCUCUUUGCUGCGGAGCGAUGGUUGUUUUAUAAUCCAAAGUACUGUGCUACUUCCACGCAGCAAACCCUUUCUUGAAAUGAACCUCUGCACCUGUAAAUUAAGUUAAUCUUGCAGUAGGAGGAAGACGCCCACUUAAGUCCCUUCGGUUAGGUUUCAACCUAUGUUUCACUUAUCUUACCAGAGAGGAGAAGAUGCUACGUUUUUGGUUUUGAGAGCACUUUGUUGACUCCGAUUCGAUUAAAGCGUGUAUUUGAGAGGGUGCCAGCCCAUCCAGGUUGCACACUUGAUGAGCCCGGAAAUGAAUACCUCGGGAACAGCAGCACCCUCUAUGGCGAAACCUCGGUCCAGGAGGGACAAUUUCUGGCUGAAGAUAGGUAGAGGUAGAUUGUGUUUGGUAACUCUUUAAAAGCCAAGAGUUUUAAUUCACCAGCGUUUGUCGAUUUAGCUGUAACGGACAUGCGUGAAGUAAUUUAGCCACCGUUUUUCAGUUGCUCAAUGGACAUGGAAGAGUCCUUAUCUCUCUCUCGCUCUCUCUUUCUCUCUCUUUUAUUUAUAUAUCUCUGUGUGCCGUGAGGGAGUUUCCGAAUGCAUUUCUUUCUCAUCCCGAACACUGAUGCAUAUUUUUCAAACACUGAUCCUUUUGCGCCACAACCGCCGCCAAGUCUCUGAAUCAUCAGGAUAAUGAAGUCGUUGAGAUAAUGCUAGCAUCUUAAACCCUCCCUUUGUAUGUCUUUCCAAGUAAGAAGUCUAUUUAUGAUUAAGUCACAUCCUGCUUGCCAUCUUUAUAAAGUUGGGUUUCUGUUCCCUUCAGUGCGGCCCUUUUGAGUUCAUGAGGCUUGGUUCUGGUUUCCCAUCAUUUGAAGAGUUUAUAUGCAAGCUAUUGGCAUUGCUUCGCGUCCGUUCUGUUCAUGUUAACACUUGUAAAUGACAUCCCCUUGUACUUAAUUUGUAUAUCUACUGGUACAUUAUAGGCAGUUAUUUUGAGAAUGUACUAUAGUUAUCUUUUUUUUUUUCUCUUUGUAAAAGCCAGGCAAAGUGCAAGCAAUUUGCAUCAUACUAACUUUAGUAUAAAUUGCUUGACGUUCAUGAUGUCUGUGUAGUUGAAAUCUUAAGAUUAGCCGUUUUUUUAUUUUUUUUUGCUGGGUCCACAUUUCUUGACUUGCCUGAUGUUAAAAGCGUUGUAUAUUAGAUGUAAGAUAUCUGGGUUUCUCCACAUCAGCAUUGCACCUUAACUUUGUAAACAUUUAUGUACCACUGGAUGCCUUGUUUUACGUAGAAAUCAGAACAUUACAGACACAAAAACCUUUUGGGAAAAAUUACUUCUGUAUAGGAAGCUGCUGUAUAUCUAGAGUUGUAGAUGCCUAUAUUUAAUAUAUUCGGGGCAAGAAAAUUCAUUAUCCAUAAUGUUUAAAGAACCUUUUGUAACACAGCAAACUAAACAUCUUUGAAAUAUAAAAAAAAAGACCUGUGUUCAAAUAGGUCUGUGUGGCCCUCUUUUGUAUUUUGGUAUAAAUUACAUUAGCCUAAAACACAUGGUUAAUAAAGGAUGUCAAGCUUCA